AAGUCAAACCAGUCUCUGUUGUUGCUCAUCGACCAACAAAAGCCAAAGCGGCUUCCUCCCGGAUCACAUCCCGGUGCCGGGUAUGUGAUGAUCCGACGACCAUUUCACAACCGACAGCAGCUCCUCAACACACCACCGACAUCUUGGCUGCUGUUUUCGGCUAACUCUCCCCUCCACCCUGAAUUUAUCCUACACCCCCCCUCCAAUAAAAAAAUAAUAAUAAUAAAUAAAAAAAAAACCAACCGCGUUUCCUCGGAUCUGAGCGUGUUCGCUGCUUUCCAGGCGACAACAGCAGGAGGCGCAGCCAUGGCAGAGCAUCUGUCCCAGAGUGAGCUGGACUAUCCCUUCAAACUUCUGGAGUAUUUCAACGGCUUCAGAGUGUCGAAGGUGAUAUUUUCGGCCUGUGAGCUGGGAGUGUUUGACCUCCUGCUGAAGUCCCAGGAGCCUCUGAGCGCCCAGCAUGUGGCCCGGGAGCUGAGCACCAGUGUGGACGGGAUGGAGAGGCUGCUGGACGCCCUGGUGGGCAUCGAGAUCCUGGAGGUGGAGACCACAGACGGGACAGCGUUUUACAGCAGCACUGAUGUGGCGAACCUUUACCUGGCCAGAGGCAGCGCCAAGUCUCUUCACGACAUGAUCAUCUACCAAUCCCAGACCAUCUACCCUCUGUGGAAUAACAUGGUGGACGCCGUCAGAGAGGGGAAGAAUCAGAAUGAAAAGACCUUUGGCCUCCCACCAGAUGAUAUUUUCCAAGCUAUUUACAGGUCAGAGGAGGAGAUGCUGAAAUUCAUGGGUCUGAUGAACUCCUCGUGGGUUCUUGACGGACACGACAUUGUGACAGCGUUCAACCUCUCGUGCUUUCAGACAAUUGUAGAUCUUGGAGGUUGCAGUGGUGCUCUGGCUCGGGAGAUGGCGAAGGCAUAUCCCUCCGCCUCUGUCAUCGUGUUUGACCUCCCGCAGGUCAUAGAAACGGCUCAGAAACAUUUCUCUCAGGAGAACGAUGCUGUCGUAUUUCAGACCGGAGAUUUCUUCAGUGGUGAAAUCCCUGCUGCUGACCUGUAUGUUCUGGCCAGAAUAAUUCAUGACUGGCCUGAAGAGAAGUGCCUGACUCUGCUGAAAAAGAUCUACGACAUCUGCGAACCAGGCGGCGGCGUCCUGCUGGUGGAGGCCAUGCUGUUUGAGAACAGACGGGGGCCUGUCAUGGCUCAGCUCUUCUCCCUCAACAUGCUGGUGCAGACGGAGGGCCGGGAGCGCCCGCCAUCAGAGUACACCUGCUUACUCAAGAAGACCGGCUUUCAAAACGUACAGGUGUGUCGAACUGGCAAGUCCUACGACGCCAUCCUGGCCGUCAGAUGAGCUCAGACUGAGACUGAGAGGCAUUCCUUAAAAGUCUGGGAAAGUAAACAACACUUAACUUGAACAUUUCAAGGCCUUGAAAAGGUUAGGAGAAGAAGAUGAAACUAUUAGAUCUGGGAAAAAAAACUGUUGCACAUAUGGAUCUCUGUUAUAUGUCGUGUUCAGCCCCUGUGACAUUUUCAGUGUGAUUACAGUUCAACUUGUUUUUCAAGGACUGUACUGAUACAAACGUGAGGUUGCUGCUAACAUGACACUAUCAUAUAAAAUCAUCAGUAGAAAAUCGUGAGACCUUUACAGACACUGUUGAAGGUCUGCCCUUCAACAGCCUCUGCACUGAUGUCUGCAUAUAUUUUUUCUUGUUUGGAUAAAUGAAAAUACACACAUACACACAUUCUUUUUUAUAGUUAUUUAUAGGACACUAGUUGACUUGGUUUUUGUGUAGAGUUUUCCAUGAACUCAUUAACUAUAAAGCAUACAGGAAAAAAAGGGAUAAAAUGAUAGUUAAGCAGGUUCCAAAGAAUAUAUUAUAUGUUUUGUCCAAUAAUUUCUCAGUGUGAGCAGAAAAGUCUCUUGGUCCAUCCCAUGGACCGCUUUGAUUAUUUCAAGCCAAGUAUCAGCUGUAUUUGGAUAUCAGUGGUCUUUGUGCAUCUGUUUUCGGACUCGACAGCCGGAGAAGCAUAUCCGGUUUGUGUGUGUAUUGAUGUGUUUUCCUUCUGUUGUCAUGUCAUCCUGGCAGCAGUGGAUGAAACCUUUCGGUGGAGAGAGGAGUCGCAGUGUGAGGGCUGGCUGAAGGAAA